AUGCUUAAUCACUUGCGCUUCGCUGAUGAUGUCGUUGUCCUGGCCUCAUCGUUGGAAGAACUUCAAACAAUGCUCGAACAACUUCACCACACAUCUGCGCAAGUAGGUUUAAAAAUGAAUUUGUCUAAAACUAAAAUCCUAAAUGAAAAUGAAGAGCAAGUUAAUGUUAAUGGACAAAGGAUUGAGAACGUUAAAGAGUUGCGAGUGAGCCAAAGAGCUAUGGAAAGAGCCAUAAUGGGUAUCAGUCUUCGCGACCACAUUAGAAAUGCAGACAUUGGCCGACAGACGAGGAUAACGGACAUCGUAGAGAGGAUAGCUAACUCUAAAUGGUCUUGGGCAGGACACAUGGCCAGACAGUCCAAGGAAAGAUGGGCAAAAAGACUUCUUUGCUGGAGGCCAUGCCUAGAAAAACGCCCAGUCGGCCGACCUCCUAAAAGAUGGACUGAUGAUAUCCAAACCGUAGCCGCCAGACCAGUUAUUGAAGACUAUAAAUGUAAGAAAAGAGUUCCAAUACAAACAGUUAUUAAAAACAGUAGAUAUAAAAAUAGUGUUAAUAUUGAUGAGGACCGUAUAUUCAACCACAAAUCCCUCCAGAGCAAGCAGAAUUCACAAGAGGUCGAGGAACACGUGAACAAAUUCUGA